UUAGGGGCACAAGGAUUUGCUGGUUUGCCUGGGUUCCCAGGAGUGUUUGGGGUCAAAGGAGACAGGGCCAGUAAAGGAAACAAGGGUCACGUGGGACUUCUUGGUGAAGCUGGGCUGAUGGGGAAAGUGGGACCCUCAGGCUUGAUGGGACUAGAGGGUGUUGCAGGUCCUUGGGGGUCCCCUGGGCCUGAUGGACCUCCAGGGCGAAAGGGGGACGUGGGAUCAAGAGGUGCAAUAGGUGUCCCUGGAACUUUAGGUCAACAGGGGCCACCAGGGAACAGGGGGAUAAAAGGACACACUGGUAGUCCUGGCCCAAAGGGACUGAUGGGGCAACCAGGCCACUAUGGCGCACUUGGUCCAAAGGGCUUCUCUGGUCAAGAGGGGACUCGAGGUGACCGAGGGGAGAAAGGGGAGCCAGGAGAGAUGGGACCAGUGGGUUUACCUGGAAUAAGAGGACCUAACGGACCUCCUGGAUUAGAGGGGACACCUGGUGAGAUGGGGGCUGAUGGACCAAAUGGUUCUCCUGGACCUGAGGGACAGACAGGCCAAAGAGGACCUGAGGGAAGACAAGGUGUGAAAGGACAAAAGGGGAAAGAUGGUCGAGAUGGACGAUCAGGAAAAACAGGGUAUAGUGGACUAAGGGGGAAAAGAGGUGAAGCUGGAAUCAGAGGGCCUAGAGGGACAUCGGGAGAAAAGGGUAAACAGGGGGAUAGGGGGAAGAUUGGACCACCAGGAAGACAAGGGCUAUAUGGCACACCAGGCAUCCGCGGUGAGAAGGGAGUAAAUGGGAAGAAGGGUGUGGAGGGAGAGCCAGGGAUGAGGGGGUUGCCAGGUCCUCCGGGUAUUCUAGGGCCGAAGGGAACACAGGGCCUUUUGGGUAAUGAUGGACAGGGCGGACCCAAAGGGGAGCAGGGGGACAUCGGCCCACCUGGACGAAGAGGAACCCCUGGGCUUCCUGGCAUGCCUGGAUUGUUUGGUGAAAAGGGUCCAAAAGGGUAUGAAGGACAACCUGGCCCAAAGGGGACAAGAGGACCACCUGGGUUACCGGGAGCACCAGGACCUCCUGGGAUAUCUCUGAACCUCACACUGAUACAACUGAAGGAUCUCACCUACUUGGCAGACAAGCCCAACUAUCCUCUGAUUAGAACCUUACUAGAUUCCCUACAACAGGACCUGCGUUGGUUUUUAAACCCACCAGAGGGCACCAAAGAGCAUCCAGCCACCAGCUGCCUUGAGCUGUGGCUGUCACAGCCCAACUUCACCAGUGGGAUGUAUUACAUUGACCCAAAUCAGGGCAGCCCUGCUGAUGCCUUUCUGGUCUACUGUGACCUCACUUCAGGUGGAAAAACAUGCCUGUCUCCAUGGAAAUCUCAGUUACCACUGAGAUCCUGGCUGAAGGACUCCGAAGCAGACUCAUUUCAGUGGCUCAGUAAUAAAGAAGGUGGCUUUCAGUUUGAGUACGCAGAGAGCAGCGUGGUGCAGAUGAGGUUCCUUAGACUCAACAGCAACCUGGCCAGCCAGAACAUAACCUUCACCUGCCAGCCCGGCAGCAGGCAAGGACCAACAGAGAGGGAGAUUAAAUUCCUCGCUGACACAAGGAGGCAAAGUUUUGUGGGCACAUUACGUGAUUGUAUGCCUGGUACAGCGUUCGACCUUGGAUCCCGGGAGUCUGUGUUCCAGUUUGAGACCAACGACCUGGAUCUUCUACCAAUCAGAGACGUGGCUUUGUUUGGCAACAGUGACCUCACUGAAGAGUUUAGCUUCACUGUUGGGCCUGUUUGCUUCAGUUAGGACCAAUUGCAUAUAUGCUCAGCCUGGAGGACAGCUGAUCUUAGGAGUGCUUUUCAUUUGGCCCUCAAGCAAAGGAGAGGCGGAUUUGGGGGAAAGCUGAAAAUGAAAGGGCAACGACCAGGACAAGGAUGUUUUGUACUCUACUUUGUGCUGUCGGGGACCAGGAAAUCUAGUGUAUCAGCAAGAAAUUGCCGUUGAACAUCAUAAACUCUUUGUCCACCUUUUCACAUGGCAGUUACAUUUUGGUUUAAGCAGAUUAUCACAUCAUGUUUUGUUUACAAAGGCUUUAGAAACUUGAUACUGGUGCUUAUUUAUAUAUGUUGGUUAUGUGUAUGAUUCUUUUGCCUAGAUUGUGUAAAGAUUAUUUGUACUUUCAAGUGCUGGGUUUACUUUUUUUUUUUUUUACAUCAGGUAUGUUCAUGACCAGAAGACUGUGGACAAAUCAGUGUCAGAUCUCUCUAACAAUGUGCUCUAAAUUAGAGACACUGCUAACUUUGAUAAACAAUAUGAAACCUCACCACCAACUUCCAACAUUUACCCGUUAUUUUGAAUUAGUUGAUUUCUCAACAAUCAUUGUACACAAACCUUUGACAUGCCAGUGCUCAAAGUGCUACUUACUUUGAUAUGGGACUGCAAUUAAAAAUCUCAUUGAUAUUGCCAGGAUGCAUAAUUAACUGAAACAGACUGAUCAUUUGUAUUUUUCAGGUGUCUGUCUGUGCACAUGGCAUUGUCAAUUAUAUCAUGCACACCUUCAUCACUUAGGGAAACAUAUCUUUCUGUCAUAAUGACAUAAUCUAUGAUUUUCCACUACUUACCUACCUAGCUAGUAUGAACUUGUGUUAUGUGUCUUACUAUGGCAUUCGACUUAGACUGAUUCCCAAUGCUUAUGGAUCAGACCCAGAUUUUGGAUGGAAUAUAGUGCCCCUAAAGUUUUGCAUGAAGUAUACAUUGAUGUGGUUGCCUUAGCUGGCUGAGACAAUGCUGUUUCUUCUGUAUUUGUUUUGUUCUGUUCAUUUUCUUACUGUAGAUGUAUAUUGGUUAAAUUUUUUUAACCUUACUGUAAUUUAUGGUGUGGUCAUUUUGGUCAUUGAAAUAGAUAUCAUACCAUUCCCUAAACUCAAUAACUGCCAGAUUUCAUCUUAUUACAAUUUUUUGUAUAGUAAUAUAUAUAAAAAAAAACUCAGCUGAUGAAUCAUUUUCACCAUCAAGAUGUUUACAGGGUGUUACAGGUCCAGGCUUUUGAUUUAUUAUCCUCUCUCUGUUCCUAUGCUUAGCACUUUCAAGGUUAAAUAACACUUUAGAACCUGUCAAGAAGUGUCAGUUGUGGGGUGUGGUGCCUUCUGAUAACACAUUCUCCCUCUCUUCUCUGCAUUAUGUUUUGUGUUUUAAUAAGCAACAUCUGCAAUAUUACCUUAAAAUGUUCAAAUUAAUUGGUAGGCUAUGCCGAGUGUAAACAAAAUGGUGACAGAACAACAACAACAAAAAAACUGUGGUCUUCAUUAUUUGUUUGGACCACACAGAGUGCAGAGUGCUUACAUGUUCAUAGCUAUAAUCAGGUCACCACAUUUUGUUUCAUAAGAUUUGUACUAAAUGACAAGAGACCUUUUCAAACUAUCAUGCACUUACAUGCCAUUUAUUGCCUCUUUGUCAGGAUGAUUGUGCAAAUUGUAUGUACAUAUUUCAAAUAAACAAACUACUCAAUACUUUAAGUUA